AUGUCUCGAGAAACAAAAUGUCACGGAGGUCCUGAACCUGACAUUGUCCCAGCAUGUUCGGACGACGAAGUCCGAACAGCUCUCGAUGGCAGAAAGGACGUGAAGUAUGCUGGCAGUGGUACCCACGAAGACCCGUAUCUCGUCGAGUGGGAAGCUGGUGAUCCCGAAAACCCGUACAAUUGGCGAAAUAACCGCAAGUGGUUAAUAACCUUUCAACUGGCUAUGUCUACGUGGACUGUGUCCUUCUGCAGCAGCUCUUACACCGGAGGUCUAGCCUUGACGAUGAAAGAUCUACACAUGUCCCAGGAGGUCGCAAUCCUGGGCGUCUCCUUAUAUGUUUUAGGAUUUGGCAUGGGACCUUUGAUAUUUGCACCAUUGGGAGAGACGUACGGUAGACGUAUAGUCUUCCUGGGCACCUUCGGUGUCUUCGCCCUUCUUCACCUGGGUGGCAGCCUCGGUCACAAUACACCAACGCUGCUCGUCACCCGGACUCUCGCCGGAACCUUUGGUUCUUCACCACUCACAAAUGCUGGCGGUGCUAUCGGUGACAUCUGGACUGCUCGCGAACGAGGAUUUGCUUCCUCCUUGUAUGCCACUGCACCUUUCAUGGGGCCAGUCGUGGGGCCCAUUGUUAGCGGCUGGGUGUCACAGACAUAUCUUGGCUGGCGUUUUAAUUUCUGGAUCAUGUUCAUGCUGUCCGUGAUGUCUCUCAUUUUCGGGUUUCUCGUAACUCCGGAGACUUAUGGCCCGGUUCUGCUACGCUGGCGUGCACGAAAGUUACGAAGGGAGUCGGAGGGCCUGGUCGUAUACUCCUCCGUAUACGAUGUCGGUCGUUCAAAAUCCCUCGGCGAUAUAUUGAAGGUCAACAUGGGGAGACCGUUCUAUUUCCUCGCAACAGAGCCCAUCGUCGUACUUCUUGCGAUUUAUAUAGCCGUAGCCUAUUCAACGCUGUACGCAUUCUUCGCCGCAUACCCAAUAGUAUUCCAGGACCAGAGACACUUCUCUCCAGGACAAGGAGGCCUCGCUUUCCUUGGAGUCGGCCUUGGCGUCAGCUUUGGUUUAUGUCUGGCGCCCGUGCAGAAUAGAUUGUAUUGGCGAGAGAUGGAUCGCAGUCCGAAUGGGAGGGCUCCUCCGGAAGCGCGCCUAUACAUGGCGAUAAUCGGUGCUGUGUGUUUGCCAGUUGGUCUGUUCUGGUUCGCAUGUCGCGAUCCAGUGCCUUGGAUUGUUCCCGUCCUUGCGGGUGUACCGUUCGGCACGGGCGUUGCGCUAAUUAUGCAGGGUAUCACACAGUACCUGAUGGAUGCCUACCAGAUGUACUGCGCGAGUGCUAUUGCGUCCACAGUCGUGCUUCGCUCGAUUGGUGCCGCCCUCUUCCCCCUAGUUGCUCCUCUGAUGUAUAGGCGCCUCGGAGAUGGAUGGGCAUGCAGCAUCUUUGGUUUUCUGGCUGUAGCAUGCAUGCCGCUUCCUUAUCUAUUUAUUAAAUAUGGCCGUUGGGUUCGCAGCAAAUCUCGAUGGGUAUACAAAGAUGACGUGCUCCGCUCUGGAGAUGUGGAAAUCGACGCCAAGCUCACGUCGACAGUGAACGUCAGUACCGUGAAGGGAGAGCCUUGA